AGGAGAUCCCAGAUGUCAUCUUGUGUAGUCCCUUUGCAUAAAAUAUGAAGUCUGGAAGUAGUACUGGAAAUAUUAAGAAAGUGAUCAAAAAUCUCAGGUCCACUCGAAGCAGGACAGCCCAGAGCAACAGCUAUGCAAAGAAUAAUAAUGGAUCAAGAAACAGAAUGGGCUCAAAUCGAAUUAGUGUAUUUGAACUGUGUGAAAUUGAUGACAUUGCUACAAGCCUGGUGCUUGACCCUUACUUAGGAUUCAAGACGCACAAAAUGAACCUCAGCCCUCUUCCAAUGCUUCGUAGACCUCAGUACCUGUGGGAGGAGCUGGAAAAAUUUAUAAGAAAUGGGAACUUGGAUCUGACAUACAAAGCUCUAACUAAAGGAGAGUGGGCAAAGCAGUACUUCAGGAUCAAACCACAGCAGGAGUCCAGACUCAGGACACAUGUGAUGCGAUAUUUGCGCAUAUUUAUGCCCAACAGUGGGUUUGAAGUUAUGCCUUGUAACCGUUACUCAUUGGAAACCAAUGGAGCAAAGAUAGUCUCAACAAAAGAAUGGGAGAAAAAUGAUAAAAUACAGUUGCUAGAAGGUUGCAUUGCUGAGCUUACUCCAGAAGAUGAAAGCCUUCUUCGGAUGGGAGAGAAUGACUUUAGUGUGAUGUAUUCUACUCGCAAAAAAUGUGCCCAGCUUUGGCUGGGGCCUGCUGCAUUCAUAAACCAUGACUGUAGACCCAACUGUAAGUUUGUUCCAAAUGAUGGGGGUGCUGCUUCUGUGAAGGUUCUCAGGGAAAUCAAGCCAGGAGAUGAGAUCACUUGCUUCUAUGGUGACAAUUUUUUUGGAGAGAAGAAUGAAUUUUGUGAGUGCUGCACAUGCGAACGGCGUGGAGAAGGAGCAUUUAAAAAAAAGAACCCCUCUGGUUCAGAAUCUACCUCAUGUGGGAAGUACAGGUUGCGAGAAACAGACCGCCGCCUCCAUAGACUGAAGGACGUCAGUGGCCUCAGCAAAUCACUCAGUGGUGCUAUUGAUAGAAAGCAGAACUUCAAGAGGGAGCUUCUGCAUGCAUCAAGAAAAAGACUUUCUCUCAGCCUGAAAAGUAGAAGAAAUCUGAAGUCUGGAAUGUCAACAAAUUCACAUACACUCAGGGUCCGUUUGCCAGUAGAUGUCAGACUGAACAAAAACAUUAAAAGCCAGAAAACUGGAGUUUCAUCAGCUUGUCAGUGCCACUCAUACAAGCAGGAUAGUCAGCAUCUCUCACCCAGAAGCACUAACAGACAUGGUUGGGCGUCAUGUAUUAAGACAUGUCUGCCUGAGGGAAUAAAGUUAAAGGAAGUUCAAAUCAGUCUUCACAGUUGCAAAAGAGGUCUGAAAUGGGCAGCAAGGCAAAAAACAAGCCAAAUGCCAAAUUCGUUUAGGCAUUGCUGGAUAAGAAAGGAGCCUAUAGUUUCUCUGGAGUGGUUAGACCUGACUAGUAGAAAGUUUUCACAUUUUAGCAUGACUGCUAAAAGGACCAAAAAUACCACUAAUUCAGCAACUUCCAGUUCUUAUUUGAAGAAGACUGCCAUUCGUGCUGUAGCAGCCAUUACCAAAGAUACAAACAGGAUGCAGUGCAGGUCACAGACCCAAAAUGUUAACUUUUCGGUUUCACAGGUUCACUUGGUGAGCUGUGUAACUCAAGUCGGUGAAGAUCAUCAACAUUUUCUUAAAACUUUGACUGCCCCUUCUGUUUUGAAUGUUAAUUUCACUGUACACAAGAGGACAAACCUUUGUAGAAGAGCAAAAAAUAAAAUGCAUUCAAAUGUAGCUUCUUCAGACACUAGUCUAAAGCCGUGUAAUUCACAGCUUGUGUCCAGGAGGAGGUGUUCAGAGAGAAUCUACAGGAGAAAUAAAUCAGCAACUAAAACUUUAGAACAACAGCUUUGUAGUGUUCAUGGAAUAACUAAGUAUAUUAAAGUAGACUUAAGUAAGGACAUUAUCCACAGAGCUACAGAGUCUCGUUUUAUCAAUGCAAGAAAUCGUGAAUUUGAAAUGAGAAAGUGUUUGCAGAGUGAUCCUAGUGAAUCUGAAGGGGAAGUUACACAAUGUGUUGAGAAAGAUUUUGCUGUCAUAAAGACAGACAUUAGUGAGAAGUCUGUGAAAGUAACAAACACUGGCAAAGAACCAGAUGCUUAUGAUGAUAUCUGGACAAUUAGUGAAUUUGCAACACAAAACUUGCAUGCUCCUGGGGAACAGAAUUCAAAAUGUAGGGCAGCUGUUUCAAAAAUGACACUUCAAAGACUGAGAAGGCAGAAGUCUUCUACAGUAGAACAGAGUGGCAGAAAUGAGUUUAUGCCUGAAUGUCCAGAAAGUGAUGGAAAGGUAUGGGACCCUACCAGUUUAAUGUCAAAAAGAAAAGAGCGACUAAAAGCUGAAGUGACCAACAAAGACUCCCUCCUUAAGGAAAUCAAAGAACAAACUCCUGUUGCAGACGCCAUUCAGGAAAAUGCUUUAGGUACAUUUAAUGAGGAAGGCAUAAAGGAUCAGCUUGCUGUUCUGUCUGGAGAGCUCCUGAGCAAUGAACACCUAGAACAAGACCAUGAUAUUUCUGAUGUUUCAGGCUGUGAAGGAACAGGUCUUGAAGAGCAGACCAUGAAUUCUGAUGGGGGCAUGAAAAGAGCUGUGGCAUUCAGUCCUUUCACUCCUUCAAAACGCUUGCGAUUGGUAGUGAGUCAUGGUUCUAUUGACCUGGAUGUUGCAUCUGCCUCAAGUGAAGAUUCGUAUUGAAUUUCACAUGUACUCGCACUAACUUGUGUUUGUAAGUUUGUUUAAAAAGCAAAUGGCAACUCAGUCCAGAAAUGGGUCAAGAGUAUGAACCAGUACCUUGUUAGAAAAAAAAAUGUGUUCAUUAACAGAGAAUCUUUAGGCAACUGCUGGUACAGCCUUCAACCAAAAAUGAAGAGUACCCCAUUGUUUGUACAGUCUAGUAUUUGAUGGGUGAGUACAUGAGGCUCAUUUAAAAAAUGACAUGUGGUGCAAAGCAACUGCUAAAGCAGUACCCUCGGUAGGAACUUUGGCUGUGAUAAGUAGACAUAAUCAUAUGAACUGCCAUGUGAGCUCAAGUCAUACUGGCUUAAAAUGUUUCUGGCACGUAACACAUGAUCAGCAAAAUUCAAGAAGCCUGCUCAUGCUGACAAGCACUGUGUAAUAACUUAUAGUAUACAGUUACAUAUUUUUAUUAAGAAGUUUUAAACAGUUUUUGAGUAACUUUACAAUAAAUUAUAUUUUUAUUCAAUUGGUUACCACUAAGGGCAUGCCAGCUAAUAUUUUUGAUAAUCCCUUGGUUAGCAUCCCAUGUCAUUGUUGCAUUCUGUUCUGAAUGUUUUUUGUUUUUUGAAUUUGUUGGGAUGGUACUGGUUUCCUUAACCCAGUGAGAAACCAUUCAGUGUUUGUUUAAUGCAUGCACGCUCACAAGUAGUUGAUGAAGGUCACGUGUUCAUGUCAGAUUUAUUGGCACAGUUUUACCAUUGUAGUCAGUAGUGGAAAAAGGUUUAUAGAAAGAAAAAAAAAAAGCAAAGUGAUAGCAAUGCAUAAUAACUGGUUGUAGCUUGUGCCUGCAGGCAGAUAGGUGACAUUGUAAGAUGACCAAUUGUAUAUUGUAUGAGGCAAGUCAUUUGAUAUGCCAGACAAUAUUUUGAUGAACAGUAACUUUUACACCAUUUUAGUGAUCAAAGUAUGGUAUAUAAAUUGCAGUGAGUAGAAAAGCUAGCUGCUUGUACUGAAUAGUAGGUGUCUUUACUAAAAGACAGUAACUGUGCCCUAUAUCUGGUGUAUUCUUUUCAUCAUCAAAAAUCAUUCUUGGAUAGUAAAUCCCUAUAUGGCAUCUGACUGCUUGUUUUUCAGGUAUAAGGAUUUAUUAUGUAUCUUUUCAGUUCUCUAUUUAGUCUUUGCCUAGGGAUAAGUUCAGUGGUGCUUUUCAGUGUUUUUUUUUUUAAUAUGUGGAGGUUAAGAUAUGGCAUACAUUUCUGGGUAGUAGUAAGCACUUCUUUUUUGGUAUGUUGUAAUACAGAAUAAGUGAUCACUGGGCAUUGUAGACAGCGCAUGAAUGCUUCAUUAGUUAAGGUAUAAGCUAUAUCUCAGUCAGAAUUCUGCUCAGUUUACUUGAAACUGCAACUUUUUUUUUCUGAUUCAUAGUAUUAAAAUAACUGUACAUUACUUGACAGUGAUAGAGAUAAAUAUUGAGUGACAGAGUAAAUUUCUUUCUAGAGAUUCCAUAGUACUGUGGUCAUUUCCAGAUGCACUGCUGAGCAGUGAAGAAUGCAAGCCUGCUUUAAAAAAAAGAAAAACGGUUGCAGUACUUUGACAGCAAAUUAAAGUCUUGAGCAGAGG